GUGACCCUCCACCCUCACACACACCCCUCGCCCACAUUUGGGGAGGUAUAAAAGCGUCCCCACUACUCACUCAGUUCUACUUCUGCCACCAUGACUCCACUCCUGAUCCUUGCUUUCGUGGGAGCUGCUGUUGCUUUCCCCACUGACGACGAUGACAAGAUCGUUGGGGGCUAUACCUGUGAGGAGAACUCCAUCCCCUACCAGGUGUCCCUGAACUCGGGCUACCACUUCUGCGGCGGCUCCCUCAUCAGUGACCAGUGGGUGGUGUCUGCGGCUCACUGCUACAAGUCUCGCAUCCAAGUGAGGCUCGGAGAGCACAACAUCGAAGUCCUGGAGGGGGAUGAGCAGUUCAUCAACUCGGCCAAGGUCAUCCGCCACCCCAGAUUUAACCGCUGGACCCUGGACUAUGACAUCAUGCUUAUCAAGCUCUUCUCACCUGCAGCCCUCACUGCCCGGGUGUCCACCAUAUCGCUGCCCUCCGCCUGUGCCCCCGCCGGCACCCAGUGCCUCAUCUCCGGCUGGGGCAACACCCUGAGCUCUGGCACCAACUACCCCGAGCUGCUACAGUGCCUGGACGCCCCGCUGCUGAGCCAGGACCAGUGUAAAGCCGCCUACCCCGGGCAGAUCACGGAGAACAUGGUUUGCGCUGGCUUCCUCGAGGGAGGCAAGGACUCCUGCCAGGGUGACUCUGGUGGCCCUGUGGUCUGCGGAGGAGAGCUCCAGGGCAUAGUCUCCUGGGGCUAUGGCUGUGCCCAGAAGAACAAGCCUGGCGUCUACACCAAGGUGUGCAACUUUACAGACUGGAUUAAGGAGACGAUAGCUGCCAACAGCUAAAGCCCCCAGGCCCCCUGCCAUCCAUAUCCUAAUAAAGUGAGCCUCGCACAACUG